GGUAAUACGAGGGCUUAAUGAAACGGUGCGUUUACGGUGAAUAUAAUAGCAUCGUCGUCAAAUCGGUGGCGGCAGAGCACCUCGAAAUGCGUUUUUAGAGUCACCAUGAUUUACGACGCGUGUCUCUUUUCAGUGGUUUCUUUUUUCGAAACACCGUCGUGUUGCUUCAGAGUUUUGGAUAUUUAUUUGUUCAAGUAUCUCCAUUUUUCUUUGGCCAGAUAAACCCUUGCAAGUCAAGAGAGAUACUACUUGGAUUGUUCAAAACAAAGUGAUUACCUUUGUGGAAACCAAGACAGAAUAUAUUCUUAUGUGGAAACUAGCUUCGAAAUCUAUCAAAGAAGGUUUUAAAUCAAAAGGAGAAGAUGAUCUCACAAAACAGAGAAACACUCCUUUAGAUUCGUCUGGAGAUGGCAUAAAGACAACGAAGGAAGAAAGACUGGAAUGUCCCAUCUGCUGGGAAUCAUUCAACGUCGUUGAGAACGUGCCUUAUGUCUUAUGGUGUGGUCACACCAUCUGCAAGUAUUGUCUCUUAGGACUUCAACGUGCCGUCGUGAACAAAUCCUCAGGUUUUCCUUUCCAGCUUCCCUUCUUCGUUGCUUGCCCUUGGUGUAGCCUUCUCUCUUUAAGGCUAGUCCGCAGUGGAAUCAUCAAGUUCCCUUCCAAAAACUAUUACCUUUUAUGGAUGGUCGAAAGCAUGAAUGACUCUCGCAGUGACAACAAAAGGGUUACUUCAGAGCAGAGAGAUAUGAAGCACAAUACCGCCUCAGAUGACAACCGCAGUUGGUGGAAUGGUCUGACCAGAACAGGGAGACUUCAUGACUCGUUAUGCAAGUCAAUGGCUAUUGUUGCUCAUCUCUUGGCUAAGUUUCCUUUGGUAGUCAUAUUCCUUUUGGUGGCUUUAUAUGCAAUCCCCGUGAGUGCUGCAGUUCUCGGGGUCUAUGUCUUUGUCACGUUUGCUUUAGCUGUCCCCUCGUUUCUCGUCCUUUAUUUCGCUGUCCCGAGCUUAAACUGGCUGAUCAGAGAGAUCUCAGCCUAACUCAUUGUACUUUUGUGUUUCUUGAGAGAGUUAAAACUGUAGAGCUAAAGUUGUUACACUACACUCAAAUAUAGACAAGAAAGAAGAGAAGAGAAGAUCUUUUAUUUCAAUAUGUGUCUCUGUACAUAACAAACAAAACUAUCUUGUGGAAGAAUCAAAAAGAAUGAAAACUAUGAUGUUUGUGUAUAAAUCUUUAAGAAGAAAAGAAAA